CCNGUGUGUGUGUCUGCAGACUAACAGGACUUUAAACAUCAUUAUCGUGACGUCACUUCAUCAGAAACAAUGCCGCACUAUCACACCUGGGAGGAGUUCGCUCGUGCGGCUGAGAAACUUUACCUGGUGGAUCCCAUGAAGGUCAGAGUGGUUCUGAAGUACCGACACUGCGACGGAAAUCUUUGCAUUAAAGUCACUGAUAACGCUGUGGUGAGUAAACCGUCAGAAGUGUCGCAAAUACCCGUUAAACAAAGUGUCGUAAAUACCCGUUAAACAAAAGUGUCGUAA